AUGCAAAGAUUUCUGCAAGUACCAGGUCCGAUGAAGACACUAUUCAACCAAUUUCCGCUUCAAACGUAUGGUCCCGUUGAAAAAAGGGACGACGCUUUGGCUAAUGAAUUCAAUACUCUAAGUUAUGCUUUCGAGGGCAGUGACGCGCGUCAGAAAUCCGUGAAUGAUACCUUCAAAUUAGGCGUGUACAAGGUGGUGCAAGAUCCUUCUACCGGCCACUUUUUAGCGUCGGAUCCGUGGUGUUUGUUCACGCAGCUUUCGCUGUGCAAGAAAAAUAAGCUGAAAUUGAGCUCCAAUGAAAACUCAAAGACUGCCACGGGUUCCAAGACGGUUCACAGCCACUGCGUUCUUGAACUAUCGCCGCUAGCUUCGAGCGAUCGUUUUUUGCCUGUCUUGGUCGAGGGCUACGCAAAACGGCAUGUGCGCUCUGCAGCGGGCAUCUACGAGAUUUUGAGCCAGCGUUUCAGUGGCGCAGAAGAACGCAUGUACUCUUUGCUCCUGGAUUCUGUGGUCUACGACUGCUAUAUGGCCAAGGUUUUGUAUGAACUGACGACAGACCAGUUUUUGGAGUUGUACGGAGGCAAGACCUCCUCUACGGCCGUGAACCCUUGGAUCUGCCACAACCAUCGUAGCGAUCUGAGCAGAAGAAACGAUUUUGCUCUGCGUCACCGUGAAUUGGUCUCUCGGCACAGUCUGCCCACUGUCCUCACUGGGCGCUCUGAAGGUAUUCAGCAACUACUCAGUGGGAUCGACGAGAACUGCCUGAGGACGCUCGUUCAAUUUCAAGACCUAUUGGAAAAGUCUGCAACCGAAUUUUUCCUGGGAAAUACAGAGCCCUCGUUUUUGGAUCUGAAACUCACAAGCUAUAUCUAUUGCUUGCUCCUUUUGCCUAAGCACCAAAUGUCCGUUGCAGAUUUUUUGCGUCAAGACUGCCCUGAUUUAAUCGAACAUGCACAAAGAAUCAUCCAACACUAUCACUAG